UACAUCUAAAAUAGUCAUUCCAUGAAACGUAAUAAUCAAAAGUAGACAGCAUAAUAAUUUGCAAUAUAUACUCUAGAAUUUGGUUUCCUUCCGUUGUAGUUGCUUAUAUAUCCUCCUCAUGCUCUAUAUCUCUGUAUAAAAGAAAAAAAUCUACCUGCCCAUACAAAAUAACCAAAAAUGACAGAGCAGAAGGCUUGUUAGUUUAAAAGGGUAUAGGUGUAACUUUAAUAGUCUUUCGACUCUUUAUUCCAAGCCUCUUGAUAGAUAAUUAGAUGUCCACAAAUCAUUCCCCAAAUAUCCAAAUCAAGUAGAGCUUUACUGCACUCACGUAGCUCCACAAAAUGACUGAGAAGCGCAUACCACUGCAGAAGCUCCACGGCAAGGUGGCCAUCAUCACCGGCGCCGCCAGCGGCAUCGGUGCAGUCACGGCCCGACACUUCGCCGACCACGGAGCUCGCGUCGUCGUGAUCGCCGACGUCCAAGACGCCAAGGGCCGAGAAGUCGCCGCAUCCAUCGGCUCCCACCGCUGCACCUACGUCCACUGCGACGUCACCGACGAGGACCAGGUCAAGUCGCUAGUCGACUCCACCGUCGAACUCUACGGCCAACUCGACGUGAUGUACAGCAACGCGGGGAUAACCGCCGCGUCGGUACAGACGGUGAUGGAGCUGGACUUGUCAUGGUUCGAUAAGGUGAUGGCGGUAAACGCCCGCGGGAUGGCGGCGUGUGUGAAGCACGCGGCGCGUGCGAUGGUGGGGAAGAGAGUCAGGGGCAGCAUAGUGUGCACGGCGAGCUGCGUGGCGGAGUGGGGGACGGAGAGCGCGACGGACUACACGAUCUCGAAGCACGCGGUGCUGGGGCUGGUGCGGUCGGCGAGCGUGCAGCUGGCGGCGCGUGGGGUGCGCGUGAACUGCGUGUCUCCGGGUGCGGUGGGGACGCCGAUGGUGAGCGAGCUUUUUAAGAUUGGGGAGGAAGAGCUGAAGGAUUUUAUGGCAGCGGUAUAUUCGGGAAGCAGCGAUGAUGGGCCGCUGAUGGAGAAACACGUGGCGGAUGCGGUGCUGUUUUUGGCGUCGGAGGAGUCGGCGUUCAUCACCGGCCAUAAUUUGGUGGUUGAUGGGGGACUUGGCACCAAGGGAAUAAAUCACACUCACAAGCAGUUGUUUUCAGUCGUGAUUAUGGUUAUGGUCGAGAGUUUUCUCCACCAAUAGAUAUAUCGAUCGAUCUUCUUCCUAUGCGAUUAAAUUUAAAGAUAUAGUGUUGAAUAAUUUGCAUGAAAAUGACAAGAUAAUUAAUUAAGAUCAGCUAAGAACACUCGGAAAAAAGAGUGUUGCUGUUGGGACUUAUUUGGUUUCUGGUGUAGUGAUCAUUGCUGUAAUAUGGUGUGGAGUAAAAUUCUGGAAAGGUCGUGUAAUCCUUGUUUUUUGUUGUAAGGAGACGUUCGUGUAAUCUUUAGGCCAAGAGAAAAGAAGUUCGUGUAAUCACAUCACCCAAUACAACUUAAAUAUUAUUAUUAU